AUUAUUCUCUCUUCACCCAGUUCACUGGCAGUUGACGGGGAACCUCUUGGGCAGCUUAGGGUGAUGAAACCUAUCACACCAGCAGGAGAAUGGGACUGUGGAUUCUCAAUCUCUCCUCCCCUUCCUUCCUCUCUUCGGGACUAAAAAUCCAUCAGGAGGAAGCACAAGCAGUAACUGACCAAGCAGCCACCCAGGGAACAUGCAGCUGCUCCUGCUCCUGUUGGCCUUUCUUCUAUCCCCCGGGGCUAGAGCAGGGGAAAUCAUCGGAGGCCGAGAGGCUAGACCCCACUCCCACCCCUAUAUGGCUUAUCUUCAGAUUUGGACUCCAAAUGGUGGCAUGGGCGCUUGUGGGGGUUUCCUGGUGCGAGAAGACUUUGUGCUGACAGCAGCUCACUGCCUGGGGAGCCAAAUAAUUGUCAUCUUGGGGGCCCACGACAUCCAGAGGUCAGAAAGUACCCAGCAGCACAUCCCUGUGCUCAGAGCCAUCCCCCAUCCUGACUAUAAUCCUCAGAUCAAGUGGAAUGACAUCAUGUUGCUGCAGCUGGAGAAUAGAACCAGGCGAAAUCGAGCCGUGAGACCUGUGGCUCUGCCUCGGACUCAGGCUAGGCUGAGGCCUGGCACCUUGUGCACCGCAGUUGGCUGGGGCCUAGUUGGCCUGAACAGGAAAACAAGCACACUCCAGGAUGUGCAGCUGAGGGUGGAGAGGGAUGAGGAGUGCAGCAUUCGUUUCGAUUUGUAUACCGGCCAAUUGCAGAUUUGUGUGGGAAACCCAAGAGUGCGCAAGUCCGUCUUCCUGGGGGACUCCGGGGGCCCCCUCGUGUGCAGCAAUGUGGCCCAGGGCAUCGUCUCUUAUGGAAAUCGAAACGGGACUCCUCCAGCAGUCUUCACCAAGAUCUCAAGCUUCUUGUCCUGGAUAAACAGAACAAUGAGACGCUUCAAACAGCAGGGUUAAACUGAGACCCCUCUUGACUGACUCU